GUGCUCUGUCCCAGCUAAGCCUCUCUGCGAAUUAAAAAACCUCAGCGGCUGCAGCCUAUCUCAAAUACCCAAGAAGAUACACACACACACACACACACACACACACACACACACACGCCCAGCUAUCUGUCUAUCCCGCAUGACUGGGCAGGGCUCCGGCUGCCUCCAGCCAGAGGAAUCGUCAGCACCGCUCCCCUCGAUCAGUACAGAAGACACAGGCACGCACAACCAGCAGACCCAGCAUGUCAGAGAGCCACAGCGAUGCCACUGCAGAGGGACAGGGCGCCCCUGACCCCACCACGGAAGAGCCACCCUGCGCCGAGCUGAAAGCCGCUUCUGAGGAAUGUGUUAAAGAAAAGGGAGGAGAGGCAUGCAAGGAGAUGCUGGAGGCGUACCACUCAUGUCUGCGGGCAUUGGGCAUGGCCCACCAAGAUCUAGAAGCCAACCCCUUGCCGCCAAGUCACUGAGGGACCUGCUCGACUGAGUCUUCCGGCUCCCAGAAACUCCAUGGCACUCAAGAAGCAAAGUUCCAGGGUGGGGACUGCGCAGGGCUGGACGCGACGCUCCCUGGAACAGCUGGAGCAAGGGCUCCCAAGUGCAAUAAAGCCCUUUUAUUUUACACAGGCUGGGCCUGCAUUAGUUACCGAGUCGUUGCUCUUUAUUCCACCCACAUCAGGGUGAUCCUGGCCCAACUUGAAAUCCCUGCCUCCCCCCAGGAGGUUGUUGACCCUGCCUUUGCUGUAUCUGCUUCGAAUAUGUAUCAUUUAUAUAUAGCACCUUUAAAAAAAAGUUUGAAAAAGUG